AUGGUGGAAGAACAACAGCAACAACCUAAACAAAAGACAGAAAAAGAAAUUGCACGUGAAAAAGCAAAAGCAGAAAAAUUGGCAAAAUUUGCUGCAAAACAAAAGAAAAUUGAAGAAGAAGCUAAUAAAACGUCACAAAAUGUAAAAAAAUCUGGAAAAAAGGCCGCAACUGUUGAUGCUACCGAAUUUCAAUGGUCAGUAGAUCCUGAUGGAAGAAAAGAUGUUUUGAAAAUAUUGCCGUCAACAUAUUCGCCAGUCUACGUUGAAGCAGCUUGGUAUGAAUGGUGGGAACGUCAAUUUACUAUUGUUAUUCCACCACCUAACGUGACUGGUGUGCUACAUUUGGGACAUUCUUUGUCUACUACUGUUGAGGAUUCUAUUGCUAGAUGGCAUCGUAUGUGUGGUAAGACAGUCCUUUUUGUACCCGGUUGUGAUCAUGCUGGAAUUGCUACCCAAGUGGUUGUUGAAAAAAAGCUUGAGCGUGAAUGUGGGCUAAACCGUCACCAAAUUGGUCGAGAAAAAUUUAUUAAUGAAGUAUGGAAAUGGAAGAAUAACAAAGGGCAUAUUAUCUACGACCAAAUUCGUAAAUUGGGUGCUGGAGUGGAUUGGGAUCGCGCUGUUUUUAUGAUGGAUCAGAAAAUUGUUCGUGCCGUAACCGAAGCUUUUGUACAAAUGCACGAAAAAGGUGUCAUUUAUCGCAGCAAAAGACUGGUCAAUUGGUCAUGCACUUUACGUUCUGCUAUUUCUGAUAUUGAGGUUUUUGUAGAUAAGAAAGAAAUUGAAGGACGUACUUUCGUUUCUGUCCCUUCUUACAAAGAAAAAGUUGAAUUGGGUGUUCUUGCUGAAUUUGCAUAUCCAGUAGAAGGCUCUUCGGGUGAAGAACUUGUUGUUGCUACUACUCGUAUUGAAACGAUGCUUGGAGAUGUUGCAGUGGCUGUACAUCCAGAUGAUCCUCGUUAUAAGCAUCUUAUUGGAAAGAACUGUGUCCAUCCUUUCGUCCAACGGUCUAUGCCAAUUAUUGCUGAUACAUUUGUGGAUCCAAAUUUUGGUACUGGAGCUGUAAAAAUUACUCCUGCUCACGAUCAUAAUGACUAUGAAGUUGGUGUUCGACAUUCUCUUCCAUUUAUCAAUAUAUUGAGUGAUGAUGGAAUUCUUUUACCGAAUUGUGGUGAAAAAUUUGCAGGGAUGAAACGGUUUGAUGCUCGAAAGAAGAUUGUGGAGGAAUUGAAAGCUCUUGGUCUUUAUAAAGGAGAUAAAGGUCACCAAAUGAUUUCGAUCAAAUGAUGUUAUUGAACC